UUGCUGAUGAUAUUGUGAUUUCCUUCGUAGAGGUAAAGUGUGUAACAUUACCCAGUGUCAUUGCUAAGUAAUAGCAAACCUAAAAAAAAUGACUGAAUUAUCUACUUCGGUUGGAGGAACAACUCCAAAAAAGUUAAGUUCUUCAUCCAACAUUAAAAAACCAAAAUCUAAACCUAAUCAUCCGAAAACUUCUGAAAUGGUGUUAGCUGCCAUUUCUACACUCAAUGAACGUGGUGGUUCAUCUUUACAAGCCAUUAAGAAGUAUAUUAUCGGUACAUAUGCUAUUGAUGUCGUUAGGCUAGCGCCCUUCAUCAAGAAAUAUUUAAAAAGUGCAGUUGAACAGGGAGAUAUUAUUCAAACUAAAGGAAAAGGAGCUUCUGGAUCUUUCAAAUUAGGCUCAAAAUCAAAAAUUUCAAAGCCAAAGAAAGCACCGUCAAAUUCGGAAAAAAUCGUGGAGAAAGCAGUUGCUAAAAAAUCUAAAGUAACAAAAGUUGCUUCUACAAAGAAGACAGCUGUCACAACGAAGUCUCCAGUUAAAAAAGCCGGAACUACAAAAGUGAAAAGUGCAACGACGAAAAAAACUCUAACGAAAGAAAAGGCAAAAACUUUACCUACAAAGCCCAAAAUUCCUAAAUCAAAAAAGAUUACUCCAAAAAAAACCCGUUAAAACUGCCGCUAAAUAAAAAGAAAAUAAAAAUGAAUUUAUUUUUUUAAAAAUUAAUAAAUCCGUAUCCAAUCGGCCCUUUUCAGGG